AUGGACUACAACCUAACUAUUAAAUCUCCAGAAAAAUCUGUAAUUCUGCAAUUCCAUGAGAACUACUUCUCUACAACUGUCCAAGGAACCAUCUUCCCAGCUCCAAAUUUCAAUCCUGUGAUGGAUGCCCAAAUGCUGGGAGGAGCACUCCAAGGAUUUGACUGCAACAAGGACAUGCUGAUCGACAUCCUAACGCAACGCAGCAAUGCACAGCGGCAGAUGAUAGCUGGGGCCUACCAGAGCAUGUAUGGCAGGGACCUGAUUACAGAUCUGAAGGAGCAACUUUCAUCCCACUUCAAAGAAGUGAUGGUGGGCCUGAUGUACCCGCCACCAUCUUACGACGCUCAUGAACUCUGGCAUGCCAUGAAGGGUGCAGGCACUGAUGAGAAUUGCCUCAUUGAAAUAUUAGCUUCAAGAACAAGUGGGGAGAUUUUCCAGAUGCGAGAAGCCUACUGCUUACAAUACAGCAAUAACCUUCAAGAGGACAUUUAUUCAGAGACUUCGGGACACUUCAGAGAUACUCUCAUGAACUUGGUUCAGGGAACCAGGGAGGAAGGAUACGCAGAUCCUGCGAUGGCUGCUCAGGAUGCUGUGGUCCUGUGGGAAGCCUGCCAGCAGAAGACUGGGGAACAUAAAACCAUGCUACAGAUGAUCUUAUGCAACAAGAGCUACCCACAGCUCUGGCUGGUUUUCCAGGAAUUUCAAAAUAUUUCUGGCCAAGACCUGGUGAAUGCCCUCAAUGACUGUUACGAUGGCUACUUCCAGGAGCUGCUGGUUGCAAUUGUUCACUGUGUCCAGGACAAAGCAACCUAUUUCGCUUAUAAAUUAUACAGGGCAAUCCAUGACUUUGGCUUCCAUAAUAAAACUGUCAUCAGGAUUCUGAUUGCCAGAAGUGAGAUAGACCUAAUGACCAUAAGGAAACGCUACAAAGAGAGAUUUGGGAAAUCCCUGUUUCAUGAUAUCAAAAAUUUUGCUUCAGGGCACUAUGAGAAAGCACUGCUUGCCAUCUGUGCUGGUGAUGUGGAAGACUACUAA